AUGUCUUCCUCCAUGAAGUUAGCGACGGCUCUUAAACAACGAGUAGUAUUAAGGAAGGAAUUGUUUGAACUAGAAAAGAAGAUUAAAUCAUCAUUAAUUCUGCAAGUUGGUAUGAAAAAAAUUAAUGAUCCCGAUGAAUUGCAUUUAAAAUAUAUUAAAAAAUCUCAAGAAUUAGCUAAAUUAAUAGCAUCAAUAAAUUAUACUAAUAAUAUCACUCCAAUAGAAAUUGAAAUUGAAAAUGAAAAUGAUUCCACAAUCAGAGAUUAUGAUAAUAUAAAAACAAUUAAUGAUGCAUUGAUAUGUCGAGAUCGAAUAUCGAAAAAAAUCGAAUUUGUGAAAUUUAUAAUAUCGGCAGGUAAAGAACAACCAUUAAAUUCCAAAGAAGAAAUUAAAUUUGUAUCAUUUAUUGAUAUUAAUAAAUAUGAUACUUUAGUUCAAGAAUUAAAUAAUCAAUUUGAAAUUUUGAAUUUGAAAUUACAAGAAAUUAAUUGGCAAGUUGAUCUUGUUGAAAUAUAA